UGUUCCCUUCCUUUCCCCUGUUUCUUCAUCUUCUUGCUAAAAGUUUUCAAAUGGGUUGUUUCCCUUGUGGUGGAAAAUCAAACCAAAAUGGAAAGAAGCAGCUUCCCAUCAAUAAUAACACCUUUGAUCAUCAGAUCCCUUCUACUUCAGGAGAGAAGCUGAAGGUGAAUUCUGCACCAAAUGCAAAGAAGGAUGGUGAGUCCGAUCACAUUGCAGCACGUACUUUUACUUUCCGUGAAUUGGCUGCUGCAACUAAGAAUUUCAGAGCAGAUUGCCAUGUUGGUGAAGGAGGUUUCGGCCGAGUUUAUAAAGGGCAAUUGGAGAGCACUAAUCAAGUUGUGGCGAUCAAGCAGCUUGAUCGUAACGGACUGCAAGGGAACAGGGAAUUCCUGGUUGAAGUGUUGAUGUUGAGCAUGCUUCACCACCCGAAUCUCGUCAACUUGAUCGGAUAUUGCGCUGAUGGAGAUCAGAGACUUUUGGUUUACGAAUACAUGCCAUUAGGAUCUUUAGAAGAUCAUCUACAUGAUUUGCCUCUCGACAGAAGGCAGCUCGAUUGGAAUACAAGGAUGAAAAUAGCUGCCGGUGCUGCAAAAGGUUUGGAGUAUCUGCACGACAAAGCUAACCCGCCGGUCAUAUAUCGAGAUUUAAAAUGCUCAAACAUUUUGCUCGGGGAAGGCUAUCGUCCGAAGCUAUCUGAUUUUGGGUUGGCCAAAUUGGGUCCUGUUGGAGAUAAUACUCAUGUAUCCACUAGAGUGAUGGGGACCUAUGGAUAUUGUGCUCCGGAAUAUGCAAUGACCGGUCAGCUUACGUUGAAAUCAGAUGUUUAUAGUUUCGGGGUUGUUCUGCUCGAAAUCAUUACCGGAAGGAAAGCUAUUGACAACUCGAGAACUGGCGGUGAGCAAAAUCUGGUUGCCUGGGCUCGUCCCUUGUUUAAUGAUAGAAGAAAUUUUGCACAAAUGGCUGACCCUUUACUUCAAGGCCAAUAUCCAGUGAGGGGCUUGUACCAAGCUCUAGCUGUGGCUGCAAUGUGUGUUCAGGAACAGCCGAAUAUGCGGCCGCUUAUAGCGGAUCUAGUGACUGCACUCACUUAUCUUGCUUCUCAAAAGUAUGAUCCCGAAACUCAGUCGGUUCAAGGUCCCCGCGCCGGCUCUUCCCCUCCAAGAAUGAGAAGGGAAUAAUACCAGCAAAAGGGAACUAAGCACUGUCAUACGGUAGAAUCUAAUCCAUUGCCAGCUGAUGAUGACAUCAAGAAACAAGAAGUUCAUAUGUUUGAGAUAUUACGGCCAAGCCACCGUCGAUAGCGGAAUUUAGCAAGUCGAGAUGGCAAUCACGACGUUCAUCCUCACUGUGUCUGAUGCACCCGGUAUUUUGCCCCGACACCCUUUUGUCAUGUCCCCUUCUCUUUAUUUUUGUUGAAAUUCUUUUAAUGUAAAUGCAUCUACUUGUCAAUAUGUGACAUUGCUAGCAAUGCUAGAUUAUAUAGUAUGAUUCAUCUACCAGCUAGCUUAUGCUUACAGAGAACUACAAUGAGGUAUUUACAAGUUUUUU